AUGAAUACGACUACGAUGCUGGAGAGCUGUUCGCCGAUCCCACCGGAACCGCCGGCGCUGCACGCGCCCUGGUGGUCGGUGGUGCAAAGCGACAGCGGGUUUCCGGCGCUGCCGGAGGACGGCUGCGACGUGCGGGCGCUGGUGCCCGGGAAGGGCCGGGUGGACGUGGGGCGCAACCGCGCUACAACAGGUGAACGGUCGCUGGGGGAUGCGCGAAAGACAGCAGCGGAUGUCUGCCGGAUUGAAUUUGACACAACUACAAGUUUCAGUGGUGCUGAAACGAGCGUAACUGUACACGACGUAUGUAAUAAGACCAUCAGAAGCAGCAGCAGCAGCAGCGGAAACGACAGUAACCGCGGCUGCGGCGGCCAGUUUUCGAGCGGAGCACGAAGCCAUGUGGCCUCGGGUAGCUGCAACGGUAGCGGGACCGUUGCAGCCGCUUCUCCGUCGGGUGCCGCUGUUGCCAACCUCGGGCAGCAACAGCACCAGCAGCACCAGUCAAACUCCCCCAAGAAACCGUGUGACUACAGUAGCAUUAGCGAUAGCAGUAGCAGUAAUAGUAAUAGAGGUGGUACCGUCUUUAGCAGGGCGUCCGGUAGCAGGCCGCCGUUUGCGGCCUCCACCAUCAACGCACCAGCGCUAGCGGCAGCCGGCACAGGUGGCCACCCGUUGGUCACCGCACCGACACCGACCCUACCGGACAUCGACUGGACGAACGAGACCUGUCUUGCGGGCGGACUCGACUUUACCAACACCAUUGUAGACGAUCCGCGCCACCUGUGGUUAAGCUCACCGACCGCCAGCAGUAGCAGUAGCAACAUCACCGAUACCGAGCUGGACCGCACCCUGGACGUGUACCACCGUGCAGUGCGGGGACAGUCGAAACCGAUCGAGACGCGCAUCGACUGUGCGGAUCUGCUCGACGAACUUCACGUGGAGCUGACCGACCCGCCACUCACCAUCAGCUCGCCCGUCUCGCUGCAUGAAGAGAUUGAACAGCUAUCCAGUGCGUUCGACUGUGACGCCUCCAACCAUCUCGUGUUGACCGGUACACCGGCCACCACCACCCAUCCGUUCGUCGGCCUAACCGUGGACGAAACCGAACCGAUAUCGCUCAACAUACUCAAGUGGCUGCAGGAGGACAUCUCCUCCAACAGCGUACCGACCCGGUCGGAACUCUGUUCCACCUCGACGGAACUCGUCGAAAGCCUACUGGUGGAUACCACCGGUGCGGCCACACACCUUUUCUUACCGAGUCAGCCAAUCUCAACACACCCGAGCACGUUCGAGCAGAGCCUCGAUCAGAUCCACAACAUCACCGGUUUAACGCGCGGCAUCAGCAAAACGACAACCACUGCAGCGGGUCGACGUAUCGGUGACAGCACUGCUACUGCAACCGCUAAUUCUACUACGACCGCGACUACGACGACAACGACAACCUCGACCACGCAUAACACAGCGAACCAAUCACAACGCGACCACAACUACUACGCCAUGAAGCGACGCAUGCAGGAGGAGGACGGUGUGCGGGAGGGUACGCCCACCAAAGUGUCCAAACUGCUGCAACCCACCGGUGCCGGUUGGGUGGCGGAUGAUGCAAAAUUCUCCACACCUUCCACAUCUGGUCUGCAGGCUGCAACAGGUGGAGACGGUAAACAGCCACACCUGCACGCCAAACCAUCGGCCACUAACACCGUUGCAGGUGCGAUGGGAAGAAAGCUCUCGCUGGCUAAUCGCAAAGCCACGACGCUUGCUGUAAAUGUGACACCGAGGGUAAACGCACCCGCCGGUGCUCCAGCAGCAGUAGUAGUACAGCAACAACCGUCAUCUACUAUUACACACGCAACCGCACUCAACACACCGGACCUCACCAACGACAUUUUGGAUUUGGAAGAUGAAAAGUUUGAUCUUCUGUCAUUCAUCGACACCAAUGACGACGCAUUAGAAUUUAGCUCUUACAGCUCAACGGUAGAGGAGAAACCCACACUAGAUCUACUAGCGCCCACGCCGUCCGUCACGUGCACGGAACGUCACAAGACGCCCGCGAACGAAGAUGAACGGUUACGACCCUCCACCUCGAAAGCGACGCUCGACACCACCGGCAGUAACAGUAGUAAGGGUGAGGCCGAGAAGGAAAUUUACCACCUGCUAACACUGGACAGCCUCCGUCAGCUGACGAGCGGUUCGGACGAGUCGACGUCUCGUGCUGCCACGGCCACCGGUGGUCGACGCACCAACACCAGCAGUGCGUGCAGCAUUGGGUCCCGCUCGUCCGCAUCAUCCGUCUGUGGCGAUUCCAGCUCGGACGUUUCGUCCAGCAACAAAACACCGAAGCGCCGGGGCCGACCACCGAAGGUGGCCAGCACGGUGCGCGAUCGCUCGCAGUACCAGCAUCUGAGCGACGCCGACUGGCGAUACCGGGAGCAGCGGGACAAAAACAACGAGGCGUCGCGGAAGUCGCGCAUCAACCGGAAGGACCGCGAGUUGAAGCUCGAGAUGGAGGCGGACCAGUUGAGCGCCCAGCACCAGAAGCUUUCGUACGAGGAGCGUCGCCUGCAGCAGGAAUGCCAACGGUGGCGCAGGGCGGUCAUGAAGCUGGCACUGCUGUGA